UAUAUAAUAAAAAUACGCUAUUGUUAGCAAUUGAAGGAUCCAGAGCAAUUAUUGGUUAUCUACAUUUUUUUUUUUUUUUGAAAUUCACUUUUUUAUAUUUUAUGUAGAAAAUCAACAUUUUGUUGUGGUCACUGGGACUCAGCCGUCCACUACAGAAGCUAACAUCGUGGGACUAGUUUUGGUUGGUUCGCUAAUAUCGUUAAAAUAGUAAUUCCCAAUAUUUAUUGUUAUUAAAUUUACAUAGUUCUUUGUGUCUCCUCAGAAAUGUUAAAAAUUGAAAUAACUGGUUAUUACACGGGGACUCUUCAAUUAUAGAUUAUGUUAUAAAUGUUAUUUUCUCUGUGCUAAAUAUAAUAGCAUAGAGAAGAACUCAGAACUUAGAAAUAGUAUAUACAGUGAUAUCUAGUGGUGUCAGAUAUAUACAGAUGGUAAUAAAGAGGUUACCAUUACUUUUAUAUGAUAAGACAUACUCAUAUUUUUAAAAGCAUAAAAAUCGUUGAGGCUACUUUUGAAGAUGAACUUUUGUGUCAAGAGACAUUAUUAAUAAAAACAUUUUUCAAAGUUCUUUAAAGUUAAUGCUAUGUCAGGUUUUAAUUUAGGCAAUCCGGCCAACACAAAUUCUUCAACAAAUACUACAACUUCUCAGUUUGGAUUUGGUUCAUCUUUAGGGACAUCAUUCCCAACAGCUACUACUCAAAUCUCAAACAGCUUUGGUAAUACAGUUAAUCCUACAUUGACUUUUGGAGCUACUCCUUCAAAAAAUGCAUCCAUUUCUUUUGGUGGAGCUAGUGUUCCAAGUCAGCCAUUGUCUUUUGGUGCAACUGUUACCACAUUGGCAUCAUCCACUACCAAACCAAGUUUUUCACUCGGUUCUAACAGUAUGACAGCAAAUGCUCCUUUGAAUUUAAGUUUAGGUUCAAGUACUACAACAUCCUCAUUUUCUCUUGGAACUUCAAAUAUUACAAGUGUUGUUGCGCCAACCAUAAGUACACAAUUUACAUUGGGUAUUUCUGCUACUACGACAACCUCUUCUGCACCUGUGUCUAAAGGGUUAGGUGGCAUUGAUACAGUCACAAAUAUUAGUCAAGCAAAAAGCAAAGAUAUAUCUGCUCUUGAAAUGUCUAUUCCUAACGAAAUUUCUCAGUUGGUCAAUAAUUUAAAAGAUUUUCUAAAACAGCAAAAGACAAUGAGCACAGAAUUGGCUCGAAUGUCUUCUAAAGGAUCUAGUGAAGUAGCUGAUGAUAUAAUGACAUGUCAAAAAAAUUUACAAUUUAUUGAACACAAUUUAGACAAACAAAAAAGUUUUGUUGAAAAAUUAAGGUUUGAAACUAAUAAGUGUUUACAAGAUUUUGAAAUUGCUCAAAGAAAUCAUGAUCAUCCUGCAAUGGUUCAAAAUGAUAUGGAAUCAAACAUCAAGUAUUUUUCUGAGCUUAUAAAAUCAUUGCAAGAAAAAGGAAAUAUUUUAAAAAAUGAAAUAGAGAAUACACAACAAUAUUUAGCAACUUUACCUUACAAUAAUAAUGUCACCAUAGAUGAAUUGAGAAGAAUUGGAGAAAUGUAUUAUAAAAAUGUAAUUGCAUUGGCUGGUCAUCUUCAUGGAAUACAUAAUGAAGUACAAGUUUUAAAAGCAAGACAUUUAUCUUUCCGUCGAGAAAUUUUGAAUGAUUAUAGUAAUAUCUUUCAAACAAAUGAAAAUAAUACUUCAUCAUAUUCUUUUUUAUCACAACCAGAAACUACUGGUCCCAAUCCUUUUUCUGGUUUAAGUAUAACAGCCUCAGCAGCAUUGAAUUUAGGAACAUUUGGAAUAGAUCAAUCUAGUACACGUUAAAAUCCAAAUUUUUUUUCAAUUUGUUUCAAAAAAAUUUUAUAAUUAAAGAAAUAUUUUACCUUGUACUAAUAAUGUUUAGAGUUCAGUGUUUUAUUUUAAUAGAUUAAAGUUUAAUAAAAAAUAAAACAAAUUAUACAAUUUUUAAAUUUGUUUUUGUAGAAGUUUUGAAAAAUUUUUUAAACUUUUUGCUGAAAUAAAAUUAUCUAUUAAAACAAAUUCAUUUAUAUA